AUGCUGUAUAUACAGCAUUCUUUGCUUGUUGCAGCCGGUAAUGAAGAUUUUCUACAGGACGUCUUUCAGUCAUGUUUAGCAAGAGGCCGUUUACCAUUUUUAGCAACACAUAAAAACGAAUAUUGCUUCGAUUUACAUACUAAAUCUUCUGACAACCCCAAAACACAAGGCCCAUCUUCAAAUAUUCAAAACUCUUUCCGCAAAAUUGGUGUCAUCCUUCCGGCCGAACUCCCAUCCAAAUCAGCUCAUGAACUGGACGGGCCGGCUCAUUUCCACGUCAUUUCCCGUGACAUUGACGCACCUCUUCCACAGCGCUGUAAUUUGACCACAUCUAUUAUUCAGGCACCUCUGCCUGCAAAGUGAGGCAAAGUAGGCGGCGCCUGUCAGGUAGGCGAACCGGUAAAUAUUGGCCCGACCCACAGCAUAACUCCACGAUGAUAUAUAAAUGUAAUCGGCGAUGGGAUUGAAACUUUUGGGAGAUUUGGGGAGUUAUUACAGUACAGUGUUGGUAUUUUUUGGUGUUUGCGACAAUUUAUCGAUCUCAUUUUGGUCUAAUCUUAUGGGUAUUUGUGGUUCUUUGCCUGGUGUUUGAUUAUUAUUUAAUUAUAAAUCAUCUACCAUCUUUUGCGGAGAAGGAGGCCUUUUUUUGCACUAGGGAUUAUUGGAACCCCAAUUUUGAGCAAGUUUUUUAAACGUCCAGUAAAUUUCACAAAGAUAUUACCGUCAAAGUCGCAUUUCUUUUUAUUUCACUGAUUUUUCCGUGACCCACAAAGUCUUAUGUUAGCCGUAUCGUUUCGAUCUGUAAAUUAAUCCAGUCUUUUUGAAGCGUUCUUUGAAGAGGCGAACUGGCAUAAUAAGCACGAUUGAAGAACCCGUUUAAUUCAUUGUGAUUACUGCUUGCACUACCGACUUAAGACAUAUCAUUUUCACGGUGACGCAGCUACGUGUGAAAGCCUUCCGAAGGAAGUUCAGGUAAAAGACAACCCUAUUUUGACAUAAAACUAUCAUCUUAUUUAUCCACGUAAACUGUGUCCAUAAGGGUCCUGAAAAUUGGUGUUCAAAAUUUGAUUGCCCUCCUAGCGUUUGACGUAUUGUUUUUUUUUCUCCUGCUUCCCGGCCGUCUUUGACAACACAUUGCACGCGUUGUCAAAACAGGGCGAGCCAAGAUUCAUCGAAACCAGGAGAUUUUUUUGGGGUCGGAUCCCGACUAAAAAUAAGUGGGUAAAAUCUUCUAGGAACCGCAAAAUUUCCCCGAAAACUGGCUUAAGUCCCUUGCACGUUCCGAAACCGAGUUGGAUUCGAAAAAUUCCCGGAACAAUUACUUUCUGAGCCUUCAUUUGUACACAAACACGAUAAACUCAAGGAGUGGCCACAAGAUUGCACAAAUACACGAGUAGUCGUAUAACGGGUGUUAGCGGGGGUUUAAAGGACCUAUUAGAGAAUAGUAUAUGGGACUUCUCUCAUUUGGAAUAAUGGGCUAUUGUUGCGCAAAUUUGGAAAGGACGUCAUCACUGAAAUUGCAAAAAAAGUUUGAUGAUUCUUUGACUGGACUGUUUAUAACAAAACUUUCUUGAGCAUGUGUGCCUUCGUUUUAUCACAUAGGUGCUCUUUUAAGAUAGUAUAGCUGCAAUCUCAGUGGGUGUAGAUAACAUGUGUCAAACCAUUUUCCCAAUUUCUUGGCUAUUUCAUUGGUCAAGUAAGACUUCAAAAAUACUGCUGUCACCGAAAAGAGACAGGUGAAGCUAUUGUUGACUCGUGAAAGCAGAGAAUCCUGAAAAAGUUGUUAUGCGCCAGGUCAGGUGAACGCGUAUGUCAUUAUUCCUCAUUGGCCUCAGCCUGUGUUCGCUGCUAUUUUGGAAUGUUAAAGUCAAAUUGCCAUAAAUUUUCCAAUUACCUUUCUUUCUUCUGGAAGAAUAAUCUGAUGAAUUGUCACGCUAAUUCCGUUCGGAAAUACGUCACCGCACAGAGUGACCCUUCAAUAAUUAGCUCCGGCUGACCGCCAAUGUCAUCAGCGGGGUCGAACGUUGCUGAUAGCCAUUACUACCGCCUCCACAGUAAUUUUUGCUCUCCCUCUCCUCUCUUCCCGAAGUUAUUAAUAUAGGUUUUAAAUGACUUAGUUUCACCGUUCCUUGCGGCCGUUCACGCUUCGCUUCAGGCCUAAAUUGGGAGGCGCGGACACGAGCUAUUAGGCCCAAGACACCCGUCCCGCUACGCCGCUGGAGUGGUGUAGGCGGCCGCGCAAUGUUUCACAGAUAAACAGCGGGAUUAGUGGGGUGGGGCCAAAGUAAUUAGUUGUGCUGCUGGCCGGUGUUGUGACUGGGCGGUACGCGGUCAGCAGACGGAGAUGUCAUCGGCGAAGGUAGUUGACGGGAAAUUGGGAAUUUUAACGGGAAAAGGGGCUUAGUGGAUCAGAAGUCGAUGGCGUCAAGAAAACACUAUUUAGCCUUCCAAAAGGCCAUGAAUUCGACCUCUCAUCUUGCUGAUCAUGUCAUCAUUGUGUUUUUUUGCAACGGUUAAUGUCGGGUUAAAAUUUCAUGUUAAGUUUUGACCAAACUUGAGCAUAUUUAGCGUGAUGCUUCAAAAAAAAUGACUGUUAAAAACUGCUUUCAGUUUCCAAACCAAGCCCAACAGAAUGUCGGCCAGGGUGUCCUCAGCUCAUAUCACAAACCUCGCAAUCGUAUCUUCACUAUUUUUCAUGAUGAUUCAGUCGGCAUGCGGGGUUUAUGGUAGGUUAUCCCUCAACAAAGUCUGAAAAUUUGUUGUACCGUAACGAACUCAUCUUCUUUUAGUUUUUGCACGAUACCAACCAGCACAGGUGAUUGAACGACUACUGGAGAAUGCUGGUAUCCCCACAUCAGACAGAUCAGUAGUAAAGGUAAGCCCGCGACUCCUUAGAACUUAUUGUUAGUGUGUCAGUUCAGAAGCGUUUACGGAGACAAAUUUUUUUAAUUGGAAUUUCUUUCCCAUAGCCCCCACUGUCUUAUAAAUUCCAACGUCGUUGGGCAGAAAGUGCUAAGCAAUCGGAAGAACGUGUAAUGCGGGGCAAACACCUGUUUCACGCGCGCUAGAGUAUGAAUAAUAGUUUGAGUGAUUAAUCAGCUAUUACCUCUAAAAGAGUAAAGGUUACAUAAUUUUAUGGCGAUUGCACUAAAAGUUCACAACUGCUAAAGGUAGUACAGUUUCAAGCCGAACUGUGAAGGAGAAACUGGGAAACAACUUACAAAAAUAGUAGUAAGAUUCUGUAUAAAAGAUGUUACAACCUCUAAGAGAUCCAUUAUAUUUAUUAACAUGUGCAACUACAAAGAUGUUUAGCAUAUUCACUGUGUUUCAGAGGCCAGUAAAGCGCAACGCCGCCUCUGUCCGACCGCUGCCGCCUUCAAUUCCGGUGUGCGAGACAAAAAUCCUUGAGAACCAUCAACCUAAACUAGGAAUUGGUAAGUCUGACCUUUCGACUUUUUGCACUCCUACUCUUAAUCGCCUACCCAAAAAUAACUGUAAAUAGAUUGACUCGGAAGUCGCGAAAACAAUGUUUGUUAUAUGUAUCAGCGGGGUGGAAAAAGCCCAUAUCUAUUCAGCCGUGAUAACCGCGGAAUGCCAUCCCACACGCUAGAGAUGUGUCGGAUGGGAAAGGUUAUGAUUUUCUGUUAUUUGCUUGAUAUUUCUCGACGUAGAUAGGGUCGGAAUAUGAAAAAGGAGGAAGGUUGAAUCAUGACGUAAAAGUAUAUUAGGGACAGUAGGACAGAAUUUGUAGCCGGUACCUCUUGCAAAAAAUUGCCAAUACUUUUUUCAGACCAGAACGGCAGCUACGUGGAGAUCGAGCAAAGCGAAACUCGCGAGUUCAGAUCGACCUUUGUCGAAUGCGCCGACAUUCUUCGAGGCGCCUGUUUCGGCAUUGACACAGCAUUCUUCACGUCGGAAUGCGCGACAUUAUUUGGCCUACAACCAGCUAGCAUCCGGCCCGAUGGCUCGGACGGAGCCUUCAAAGACGGCUUAAUCAAGGUCCCUAUCGCAUGCGAAUGUCGGUUGCGCAAGAAGCUCUUCCUCAAGCCCUAA